GUUGUCAUAUUUGACAGUUUUCAACGCAGCCGCUCUCUGCUGUACACGAGCACAAAAAUUCCUCAACUUUGUGAAUUUCUAUAAAUUUUAUCCAGUGUUUACGUUAAUAAUACUCUAGAAAAAUGCCUCCUAAAAAGGCUCCUGGACCUAGUAAAAAAACUGAACAAAAGAAAAAGGAGAAAGUUAUCGAGGAUAAGACUUUCGGUUUAAAGAAUAAGAAGGGCGCAAAACAACAAAAGUUCAUACAACAAGUUGCCAAACAAGUGCAGAGUGGUGGUCAUCAUCCCAAAACAGAUGCCAACAAAAAGAAGGAUGAAAAGGAGAAGAAAUUGCAAGAGUUGAAGGAGUUGGCGUCCAUUUUCAAGCCAGUGCAAACGCAAAAAGUUGAAAAAGGCACUGAUCCCAAAUCGGUGGUAUGUGCCUUCUUCAAACAGGGUCUCUGUACCAAGGGUGACAAAUGUAAAUUCUCUCACGAUUUGGCUGUAGAAAAUAAGGUUGAGAAACGUUCGAUUUAUGUGGAUAUGCGUGAUGAUGGCGAAGACGACAUGAGAAAUUGGGAUGAUGCCAAACUUAAGGAAGUUGUGGACAAAAAGCAUGCCGGAGAAAAGAAGAGACCUACUACAGAUAUUAUUUGUAAAUACUUCCUUGAAGCGGUUGAAAAAUCCAAAUACGGUUGGUUUUGGGAAUGUCCAAACGGAGAAAAAUGUAUUUACCGUCAUGCUUUGCCUCAAGGUUAUGUCCUAAAGAAGGACAAAAAGAAAAUGGAGGAAAAUAAACCGUCGGAAUUGUCUCUGGUAGAUUUGAUAGAAAAAGAAAGAGCCGCUUUGGGUCCCAAUACCACCAAAGUCACUUUGGAAACUUUCUUGGCCUGGAAGAAACGCAAAGUCCAAGAAAAGAAAGACAAAUUGGCAGCCGAUGAAGAACGCAAAAAGAAUGACUAUAGCAAGGGUAAACAGUUUGGCAUUUCGGGUAGAGAAAUGUUUAGCUUUAAUCCCGAUUUGGUGGAUGAUGGUCCCAUGGAGGAGGGUGAUGCCGCCUUCGAAAUGUACAAUCGUGACGAAGAAGAAGAGGGAGUGGAAUACAAAGAAUUGGAUUUGGCUGCCUUGUCUUUGGAGGCUCAAGAAGCGGAUGGUAGUGGUACCGUGGCUUCGGAGACACGUUUAACGGAACAAGCCAAUGCUAUAGCUAAAGCUGAACAGGAGGAAGAAGCGGCUGCUACAGCUGCUCUGGCUGAUGGUUCAACUGCACCUGCCUCGGAUGCUGCACCCAUUAAUAAGGAUCUAUUUAUGGGUUUGGCCGAUGAACUUGACGACUUAGAUCUGGAAGAUGAGGACGAGGAAGAUUAAAGACUUUUGUUUGUUCGCUUAGGAAAACACAUUUCCAUUUUUAUAAAAAAAAAACAGAACCCGCUACAGGAAAUAUAAUACUAACGAAAUAUAUAUGUAUAAUUUAACUCAAGUUUAAAUUGAUGGAACUAAAACAAAUGGUUGAAAGAAAAAAAAAACACAAUAGUUUGCAAAUUAAACAAAUUAAAAAAAAAUGAAAAACAAAAUGUUAUAAACAGUUUGAACAAGAAAAAAAUAAUCAAUUUCAUAAUAAAAUU